AAUAUAUUUCGAGAACAAAAAAAGGAAAAAUUGUGAAACAAACUGUGCGCGUUCUUGUUAGUAAUAUUAACCAAUUGAAGCGCUUGCAAGCGAACUAAUUUCUUUUUGUUCAAAGUUCAAAAUCAAAAUUACAACAAAAUUCACAGAAUACAAUUUAGCGAUAAAAGCAAAAGAACACAAUGGAGAGCUUGGUGAACAAUCAAUUGAUGCGUCUGCUGAAGGACCUGACAUCGGCGCAUCCGGAAACAGUUCGCAAAUCGAGUGACGAGUUGGCCAAAGAGUUCAACGACUCGGCGAGCACGCUGCAAUUGUGUGCAGUGUUGGGUAACGCGGAGAAACAAAGCGAGUUGCGCAAAUGCGCUGGCAACUUACUUAAAACCCGUCUCGCGGACAGCGAGUCCUGGCCCAAGGACAUUCAGCGGCAAACUCAAACGGAACUCUUGGGAGCUUUAAAGUCGCUGCGCUUGGACGAUGACGAGACGCUGCAGACGUUGAUACUACGCAAUCUGAGCGUGAUGAUGCAACACGAAGAGGUCAGCGAAUGGAAUGAAUCGGUCUUGAAUCACGUGGAGACGUUGAGUAAAUCGCAGGACAAUCAACAGCAGACGCUGAGUGCCAUCAUCUUUAGGCUGCUCGCGAAGAUGGCACCGAAAAUGUUGCAAAACUAUUUGCAACGUGCGCAACGCAUCUUCAUGCACAUCGUGCAACAGGCUGAGGCACAGGGACAGCUCUUCUCUACGGCCACCGAGCAGCUGUUGCAUGGCUGGACGCUGAUCGUGCCGUUGUACCUCAAACGUGCCACUGGCAAACAACAAACCGAAUUGGCUGCAACGUUGCCUCACAUCAUGAAGCUGACGCAUGCCGCCGCCUAUCACAAAUCGGAGGUUGGACUUGCCACAUCGCCGGCUUCGCGCCGCGGCAUCGCUGUGCUCUGCAAGCUGAAUCAGCAGAUGCCCGAAAUGGUUACGCCGCAUCUCCAACUCGUGUUGGACGAACUCUGCACGCUUGCGAGCGACAUCAAGCUGAGCGAUACGCUGCGAGUGAAGGCAAUUGUGGGUAUCAAAAGCUGUGUGCGCAGCAUGAGACGCCACAUCAUUCGGCUGAAGCUGAUGGAUAAGUUGCUGAUGACACUCUGCGGACUGUUGGCCUUGCAGCCACCGAAGCUCGACGAGCACGGAGAGGAGCUCUUUCUGGGGGCCAGUAGUGAGGAGGAGGAGUCAGAGGCAGCCACGCCCCUCUCUGAGGCAGCCAACACCAUAAACUAUGUGGCCGCCCACUCGGACACGAAUCGUGUGGCCGAUCGUGCUUUGAGGCUGAUGCAGCCGCAGCUGGAGCAAACGGAAUCGCCGCUGAAGCGUCUUGGCGCCUUGCUCUUUCUCUCGCUGAUGGCGAAAGGUUUCUGCGAUCUGCUGGCGGACACGCAUCUCGAUCGCUUUGUCGCUGCCGUGGAGCGAGGCUUUCAGGAUUCGGAUGAUCUCGUGCGUCGCGGAGCCCACUUUGCUUUGUCCGUCAUGGCCGAGAAUCUGCAGCCGGAGAUCACGCGUCUGGCGGAUCGUGUGUUGCCGCUCUUCUAUAACUUUUUCGAUGGCCUCAGCGCCGAGCAGCGUCUAGUCGCUGGUGAUACGGAGGUGUACACGCGCAUGUUCUGCACUCUGGAGAUCUACUGUGAGAGCCUCAAGCCUGAGAUGAUGCAGCCGCAUCUCGCGGAGCUGAUGAAGCGUCUGAUGCUCCUGCUGCAGCCGAACACUAAUUCGCCUGCCUUGCGACAGAUGUGUUUGACCACGAUCGCCAGUCUGGCCAAGCUGAGCAAGCAGCUCUUUGCCCCCCACUUCGAUGAGGUCAUGUGCGCCACGAUGCCUCUUGUCAAGCACGCACCCGAUGAGAAUCAACUGCUGCUCCGCACACAUGCCAUUCAGGUGAUCAAUGCGCUGGGUCAGGUGAACCCGGAAAAGUUUGAGAAGGAAGCGUCGAAUCUGUUUGCCAGCUGCCUGGACACGAUCAAGCACGUGGCUGGAGCUCAAAUGUUCACCUACGAACUGCUCGGCGUACUCUCCGGUUACAUUCCCAAAGAGAUCAAUGCGCACUUCUCGCUGAUAAUGAAUGGAAUCUUGACGUCCAUUAAGGAGGCAGCCAACGUGGAAAAAGCCAGCGAAUCAAGCAAAGACGAUGACGAAGACGACGAUGACGAUAGUGAUGCUGCUAGCACCGACGAAGAUAAUGACGAAGACGAUGACGAUGCUGAGAACGAGAAUGAUGAUGAUGAUGAUGAGUCCGAGGAUGAGGACGACGAGAGCAGCACUGAGGAAGAGUCGGGCAGUGUGCGCGAUGGCCACGGCGAUCAAACGGAGGCGAGCACACGCAGCACCGAAAGUGCAGCCAACUAUGUGAAUGGGCACGACGAGGCUGUGAUGUGUCUCAAGGCAUUCGCCAUUAACAUGCCCAACACACUGUUGCCCUAUCUGUCAGAGUCGACGCAACGAGUCUUCACAUCCACCGAUCACAUGGAGGAGCUGGACAAAUGGUCCGCUUAUGAGACGCUCACCCAAUUCAUUUUACUCUAUUCAAAGCAAGGCAACGUGUCGGAGGCGAAGAAACAUUGCAUCCAACUGCUGCCGGCAAUGGUGUACUUUGUGCAGACGGCGAAGGAGACGGUGAACGUGGUGAGUGUGAUGAAGAGCAUCGAGCAGCUGCUGUCGGUCCUGAAAUCGGAUGCUUUGGCCGCUGAGGGCUAUGCGGAAAUGGUGUUCGAAAUGCUGCGUCGCACGCUGCGCCGCAAGCUCAAUUGUCAGUUCAACAUUGGCAUCGACCAGGAGAUGGAAACCCUGCAGCAAUGGAGCCAGGCGAUGUACGCCGAACAGCAGGUGAUGGAGGCCGCUGGCGAUCUGAUUCCCGUCUUUGGACAUUCGCUGACCAAGCGACAGUUUGCCUCGUAUUUGCAAACGUUGAGCAAGAGUUUCGUUAAGAAUCUGCGACAGAGUUCGCCCAGCGGCCAAGUGACGCGCAGCAAUUUCUUUAUGUACACGCUGAUGGGACGCAGCAUGGAGGCGCUCGGCGUCAUGGCCGAACAAUACUACGAGGUGUUGUGCUAUGGCAUACUCGAUUGCAUGCAGGAUCAACGGCGGCGUAUACGUGAUUUUGCCAGGCAACAAAUCGAUUGGCUGCUCACGCACUCGACGGAACACAACAACGCAGAGACAAUCAUUGCGGCCACAUCGUGUGUCUUUGGCGAUGCCCUCGCCGCCGGUUCGCCAACGCCGACGGCGCUGGAGAAGGAUGAGCGCGAUCUGCUGAUCGCGAUUCUGGCACGCAUGAUUCGCAUCGACAACAAAUGCGUUGCAAUGAACACGCUGAUUCCCCUCUUUCUAGGCAGUUUGCCGCUGCAGCAGCGAUUCGAGUGCUACAUCGAUGUGAUGCCCGCGUUGCAUGUGAUCUUCAAGGCACGCAUGGAUCUGUUGCGUCCUCAUCUCGCCGAGAUGCUUGAAGUGUUGCUCGCUGCUCUGCAGGCUCAGCAUUUGCCCAAUGCUGCGCUGAGGCAAAUGACCAUCGAACUGGUAAAGUGCAUCAAGCUGGAUGAUGAGGCUCUUUAUCAGCAGGUUAGCGAAAAGUUUAUGGAGGUCAGAGCGAUAAUUGUUUAGACAGAGUUGUGAAACGAAAUCGAAAUUAAUCCCAAAAUGUGUACGAGUAAUUUAAGUUGGAAACAGUUGCGAAAUUCUGGUGAAAUUUGACUUUUCUUGCAUUCGAAUAAAGUUCAGAAGUUCGGUGA